UCAGGCGUCUUCUUCCUGCUCUGCCUCCUCGCAGGCUACGCUGGCCUGUCAACCCUCCAACUCGGCGAAUACGUCAACGACAAAGUCCUACACCUCUUCACCUUCUUCCUUCUCACCGUUGUCUUCUACUGGAUCGUAGACACAAACCGCCGGCGCACGCUGAACUUAUCUCUCGUCGUAUGCACACUAGUCCUCGGCGUCGGUUCCGAGUUCCUACAGGGCUUCCUGCCCAACGGCCGCGAGUUCGACCUAUAUGAUAUCGUGGCCAAUGUCGUCGGGAGCCUAGGCGGGCUAGGCUUGUGUUCGUGGUACCAUAAGCGCAUGCUGGAGCGCAAACGAGGACGAAAGUAUGAUGCGGUGCCGGGCGAGGACGAGGAAGACUUGGAGUUGGGAGAAGGCUCGGGUGGUCAAGAGGAAGGCAUAAUGUCAGCCGCCGGUAACGAGAGAAGCACAACGCUGGAGCAGGAGUUGGAUAACUGGGAUGAGAAUGCCGUCGACGCAUGGGACGAGGCGGAA